AUGAGUGCGCCAACUGGUACCACACAGUUACCCGAACGGCCUAAACAACCAAAGCCUCCGAAGAACAAGCCAGCAAAACAACCCAACGACAGCGGUGCCAAAAAUGCCAAUAAAGGGUCCAAAAAACCUCAAGGAGGCCCCUCUGGUGCAGAUAUUACCCAGGACCCCGAAUUCAUGUUCAAAGUUGGGUUUUUGGCCGAUGUCUACCAAGAGAGGCCCAUCUCGGACAAGAUCCCCAAAAUCGUAACACGGUUCCCCCCAGAACCCAACGGAUUCCUACAUAUUGGGCACAGCAAAGCUAUUGCGGUCAAUUUCGGUUUCGCGAAGUACCAUGGCGGUGACUGCAUCCUACGAUUUGAUGACACGAACCCGGAGGGCGAAGAAGAAAAGUAUUACAAGGCGAUUGAGGAUAUAAUACAUUGGCUUGGAUUUAAGCCGUUCCGUGUUACGGCCGCUAGUGACAAUUUCGAAAAGCUAUACCAACUUGCUGAAGAUUUAAUCCGACGAGAUGGCGCGUAUGUUUGCCAUUGCACGAAGGCUGAGAUUAAAAGUCAACGCGGUGAGGGAACUGGCGGCGAACGAUUCGCUUGUAGUCACCGGACGCGCCCAAUUGAGGAAUCCUUGACCGAAUUUAGAGCAAUGAGGGAUGGCAAAUAUAAACCUGGUGAAGCUGCCCUCCGGAUGAAACAAGAUAUAGAAAAUCCAAACCCGCAAAUGUGGGAUUUGUUUGCUUGGAGGAUUCUAGACCACGAACACAAGGCUCACUUCAGAACUGGAAGCAACUGGAAGGUUUAUCCCACAUACGACUUUGCCCAUCCGCUCUGCGAUAGUAUCGAAGAUAUUUCACAUUCCCUCUGUACGACUGAAUUUGAGCUUUCCCGUGAAUCAUAUGAAUGGUUGUGCGAUAAACUCGAAGUUUAUAAGCCAAUGCAACGAGAAUAUGGCCGCUUAAACAUAACCGGCACCGUUCUUUCCAAGCGGAAAAUCAUCGAGCUGGUUAAAAAGGGUUACGUGCGCGGUUGGGAUGAUCCUCGCCUCUUUACUCUUAUUGCGCUUCGCAGACGCGGUUUCCCCCCGGGCGCUAUCCUCUCUUUUGUUAAUCAGUUAGGUGUAACGAAGGCCAAAAUUAAUGUUCAGGUGGUGAAACUCGAACAAACCGUCCGCCAGUAUCUCGAGACCACAGUUCCGCGGUUAAUGUUGGUCGUUGAACCGCUCAAAGUUAUAAUUGAUGAUCUACCUGACGAUUAUGUUGAGAUGGUCGAGGUACCCUACUCGAAGGAUCCAUCUUUCGGAUCUCGCAAAGUCCCAUUCACAAAGGUGGUUUACAUCGAAAAGUCGGAUUUCCGCGAAGUAGAUUCUCCUGAUUAUUUUCGUCUCGCCCCUGGAAAGACAGUUGGUCUCAUGAAGGCGCCAUUCCCCAUCACUGCAACAUCCUUUGAGAAAGACCCGGAAACCGGCGAAAUUGCUUGUGUUCAUGCUAAAUAUGAGAAACCAUCUGAGGGAUCGCCGGCAAAGAAAGCGAAAACCUAUAUUCACUGGGUUGGCGAAUCGCCCGCACACAAUAGCCCCAAAAAUGUUGAAGUCCGCACCUUUAAUCAGCUUUUCAAAUCCGAGGAUCCAUCAGCCCACCCUGAGGGUUUCCUGGCAGACAUUAAUCCCGACUCUGAACAAAUAUUCCAAAACGCAUAUAUCGAAACGGGGUUCGAAGAAAUUUGUCGCACCGCACCCUGGCCAAAGGAAAAGAAUAAAGAAAGUGGGGAAGGAGAGGGCGAAUCCAAGCAGAAAGAAGACAAUGACUCUACUUCCACGGAGCCUUAUAGUAUUCGGUUCCAGGGCAUGCGCAUGGGUUACUUCACAGUCGAUAAAGACUCAACUCCCGACGCAACUGUUCUAAACCGCAUUGUUACGCUAAAGGAUAGCGCUGGAAAGUCGUGA